AUGACGGACAAAGAAAGUGAACCAACAUCAUCUCCUUCUUACAAAAAUAGUGGCAUCACUACUUCAUCUUGUUCUACUGGUGAAUUAAAUCUUUUUUCACAUAACUCAUUGUGGUCGUCAAAACUCACUAGCACUGAGCAGUUACUAGCUACUCGACUUUUUCUCAUUCUUCUUUUUAUUUCUUUCUUGGCAGUUAUCAUAUGGGCAAGUCUCAUCAUACAAACACACGAUGUUACUCUCAAAGAAUUUUCUCUUGCCGACUUUGAACGGUUAGAAGCUCUUCAUUCUGGUACUAUCAAUGCUCCGUGUACUCAUGUAUCCAUUCCUCACGAAAAAUUCAUCCAGUUAACACCUCAAUUUCAUCAAAUUUGUUCUAGUUCAUUUAUUGGUUCGGAAUGGAUUUCAUCUCUCUUUCUCUCUAAUGCUACUUCUCAUAAUAUUCUUGAUUUUCGUACCUUCGGUUUUGCUCAAUUUCGUGCUCUCGCUUUACUCUGUCAAACCGCACGGCAAGCAGUGAAUGAUGCAUAUCAUACGUAUACCACCACUCGUUUGACCACCAGUCAUGCACUUACACGUACUCAAUUUAAUCAAAUGAUCGUCGCUCUUAUUAAUAAUUUCAAGCGUAAUGUUGUAGUUAAUGAAAAGCGCACGUCAAGAGUAGUCUCGAUGAAUAUAGCAUAUAAUAGAUUGAUUUCGGCAUUACGUACUAACUAUUAUAUUCAGUCAGUACCUGGCUCACGCCGUUACAAAACAUACAAUGGAGUCUAUACGAAAGAAAAUGAAACUGUUGCGUUUGUAUGUGAUUGUCGAUUAGAAGGUCAUCAAUGUUUUUAUCAAGCUGGUAGUUUUUAUAAUUGGACAAUUCCACAAUUAGGCAAACCAGCAAAAUCGAUUCCACCACCUCGCUUUCAGAUUCCAGGCCUGAUGGCUGGUUGUCUGCCGCUUGAAUCGAUUCGUCAAUCAACAUUAGAAUGUUUGUAUAAUCAAUCAUGUGUCAACUCAUUGAUUCUUCAACCUAAAUUAUCUUCACCGAAAGCUCUGAAUAUUUCUUUAUCACGAUUUCCGUUGACUAAAACAAUCGGCUCAAUGUUUGACGAAUCACUUUUUGUCGAGUCUUGGUUUAAUACAUCCAAUUUCAGUCAAUAUUUUGCUACUUGUGCACCUCAAUCAUUAUCAUAUAGUUACAAAGGUCGAUUUCAUUUAGUUUUCAUGUUUACUAUAUGUAUUGGUGCAUUUGGUGGAUUAUUUAUCAUUUGGGAAGUUAUUACACCCGUUUUGGUGAAAUAUUGGAGUCGAAUAAAGUCCAAAAGACAACAAAAUCAAUCGGCUACUCAAUCAAAACAAACGGAUAUUGAACGAAAUACUCAAAACACAGAUAGUGUUGCUCAACAUCAUCAAACAGAGCAUAAAUUUAACUUAUUUUCAUCUGAUAAUGAAAACAAUAAUAAGGAAGAUCGUGUAGAAACUAUUCAUACACGUCUCUAUAUAUCAUUUUUAUUGAUUGGUCUUCUUAUUGUUGCUUUAUAUUUUUCUUUCGUGAAACCUACACAAACAUUUACAAUUUUAUUUCCAACUCUGGAGGAAUUUAAACAAUUGAAAUCGCUUCAUUCAUCCAAUCUGAUUUGUCCUUGUUCUCGUUUAUCAACUCCCUAUGCUCAGAUUACAUCUGUGUCUCCUCAGUAUCAUCAAGUAUGUUCUAGUGAAUUUCUUCAAAAGCUUUGGCUAUCAUACUUUGGACGUGUAGAAUUGAAUAUAGAAGACGUUAAUUUUAUCACACCUGAUUUUCGGGUUAGUGGUCAAUCAUUUUUCGAUUUUAUUCGUAGUUUUUGUCAAACAGCACAAGACACUGUUGAAAAUGCACUUCAUGUAUUUAACUCAACUCGAUUAAUUACUGUUGAUGCUCUUUCACCUGAACAAUUUAACAAUCAAACAACGCAACUAUUAAAAACAUUUCAACAACAGACUAUUGCUUCAUUUCUUAACCUUAUUAGUCUAGUUCGUUCAUCUAUACAAAAUAAUCAAUUAAUCAGUGAAAUGUGGACUAAUGUUGGGCCAAGAUCAGUGUUUAAUAGUGAAACAUCAAAUUGGUCGAUUCGUUUUGCACCUCGAAAUUUUUUUACUAAUUCUUGCUCAUGUGGUUUAAGUAAUCAAUGUAGUCGCCCUGUAGGAUUUUAUUUACAAUCGGAUAAAAUACAUUCUUCACCAAACACUACUGUGCCUGGUCUAGUUAUUGGUUGUUUUCCAAUUGAUUCCGUUCUUUUAUCUACUCUUGAAUGUUUUUAUGACCAGCAAUGUAUAAAACUCAUCGUUGAUAUGUAUGAUUUUGAUGUAGUCGAUAUGGUUCAACCAUUGGACCAUCGUGUUGCUAAUAUUCAACCACUUCAUAAAGAGCAGAAUAGUCGUUUUCCUCCCAAUACUACGCUGGAAUCAAUUUUUUCGCAAUUAUUUAUAGAAGAUUGGAUGCAAAAUAGUAAUUUCACAGCCUACUAUACACAUUGUGCACCCAAACAAUGUUCUCAUAGUAUACGACAGCGUCAUAAUAUACUUUUUAUUUUGGUAAUAUUGCUUGGUUUCUAUGGUGGACUAAGUGCAAUUUUAGAAGUUAUUUUACCAUACAUUGUUAAGAAAGUAAGACGGCGGACAGUAAAACGACAAGACGAGCAAGAAAAUUCAACUUCUAAUAAUCUAGCAUCAAGUAAGAAAGUUUCUGCUUAA